CAACCUAAUUCCAUUCUGAUUGGUUCGAACGUAUCACCGCGUUUCUUUUGUCUGAUUGGCCAUCGUGCCGAUCAAUUAAUGUGACCCAUCUCGCGGAAACUUGGGAAAUGCAAGCCUGCCAUAAUUUCCCUGACCUGGACAGUUUUCUUGUUGAAAAGAUCCCACUUGCAGCAUACUAUGUUCCAGAAUACAUAAGUAAAUCAGAAGAGGAGUAUCUGCUCAGGCAGGUUUAUAAUGCUCCAAAGCCUAAAUGGACACAGCUAUCAGGGCGGAAAUUGCAAAACUGGGGGGGACUCCCACAUUCUCGGGGUAUGGUGCAGGAAAAGCUUCCCUCGUGGCUUCAAAAAUACACUGACCAAAUUUCCUCACUGGGUGUGUUUGGGGAUCACUCUGCCAACCAUGUGCUAGUAAAUGAGUAUAAUGCUGGGGAGGGUAUUAUGCCUCAUGAAGAUGGUCCCAUGUACUAUCCCACUGUUACCACCAUCAGCCUGGGGUCACACACUCUCCUGGACUUCUAUGUGCCCAUUAACAAAGAAUGCCAAGAGACCCAGAACCAGGACAAGGUUGCCAGCACAGAAGAGCAGCGGCAUAUGCUCUCUCUACUUUUAGAGCCACGGAGUCUCCUUGUGGUACGCGAAGAGCUGUACACUAGUUAUCUGCAUGGCAUUUGUCCAAGGACCUCAGACACACUGAGCCCGAUGGUAGCGAACUUAGGAAAUUCUACAGCACAUGCUGGGGACACAUUACAAAGGGGUACUCGUGUGUCACUAACCAUUAGAUUUGUUCCCAAAGUGCUAAAGACCUCACUUCUUUUGGGUAAGGGGCGGUAAGUUUAUCUGCAAAGCUAUUUUGCUACUGGAUAUGGAAUUCAUUGGUUUGGGUUGGGUAAGGAGCUCAAAAUAUAUAAAGAACUAAAUAUUCUUGAUGAAGGCACUUUUCUCCCAGGAUGAACACCAUGAGCCUACAAGAUUAAAUAAAAUAGUUUGUUUUACCAUUA